AUGGGUGGCCCGCUGCUGCUGGCGCUGCUGGCGGCGGCGCGGGCCAGCGAGCCCAACGCCACCAACUUUACCACCCUACAACCCGAAGACGAAAAGACCCCCCUCUUCCCCCCAGACUUGUUCACGGAAGAACAACGCCGGUCCGGCGCCGUUGUGCUCCACGUGCUCGGUAUGGGCUACAUGUUCGUAGCGCUCGCGAUCGUCUGCGACGAAUUCUUCGUGCCCGCUCUCGAUGUGAUCAUCGAGCGGCUCGCGAUAAGAGAUGAUGUCGCCGGAGCCACGUUUAUGGCCGCCGGCGGCUCCGCGCCCGAACUCUUCACCUCCAUCAUCGGCGUGUUCGUUUCGUUCGACGACGUCGGCAUCGGAACGAUCGUCGGCUCCGCAGUUUUCAACAUUUUAUUCGUUAUCGGUGCUUGCGCGUUAUUCUCCCGUACAACUCUGUCUCUCACCUGGUGGCCACUAUUCCGCGACUGUACCUUCUAUUCGAUCAGCCUGUUAGUGUUGAUUUAUUGUUUUCGGGACAGCCUGAUAUACUGGCAAGAGGCCUUGGUGUUGUUUUCCUUGUACGGCGCGUAUGUACUGUUCAUGAGGUGGAACCAACCAGUGGAGAAGGCUCUGAAGAAACUGAUCUACAAGAACAAGGUGACGAGAGUUAGAAGUACUGAUCAGCUGAUGCCUACGCACCAGGCAGCUGCUCAGACUUUGCACGGCAACGCAACCACGUCCAGUGAAACGUCAGUAGGCACAAACACUGCGACAGCGACGGCACCCGCUACGGCUGGCUCCAGCAAAGUGCCACCACCCACCGCCAAGUUCCGCCACGGUCUGCUGCAGCUAAUGAUACAUACCAUCGAUCCGAUGCACGACGGUGAGUUAGGCAAAGUGGACGAGAAGGCGACGCAGCUGCACGCGAUCGCUUCCCUCAAGGUGCUGCUAGAGGCCACGAGGCCGACGGCUGGUGGUGCUGGGGCGACGGCAGCGAGGCACUCGGCCUUGACGGCUGCGCAAGCGAAGGAGACACCGCUUGACCUACCGAAUGGAGGACUCGCGGAUGUGCAGUUAGAUGCUAUAGAAGAGAUAGGUGACCUCGAGGAUGACACGACACCGUUGGACAUGUCGUGGCCCUCGGGUUUCCGCAAGCGGCUAACGUACCUGUUGGUCGCGCCAAUUGUCUUCCCACUCUGGGUGACCCUCCCGGACACAAGGACGCCGAGAGGGAAAAAUCUGUUCCCUAUAACAUUUAUAGGGUCUAUAGUUUGGAUAGCGUUUUUCUCGUACCUUAUGGUUUGGUGGGCGAAUGUGGCCGGCGCGACGGCGCAGAUACCGCCCGAGGUGAUGGGGCUGACGCUGCUGGCGGCCGGGACGUCGGUGCCCGACCUCAUCACGUCCGUCAUCGUCGCCAGAAAGGGCUUCGGUGAUAUGGCCGUCUCGAGCUCCGUGGGGAGCAACAUUUUUGAUGUUACUGUUGGGCUGCCACUUCCCUGGCUACUGUACGGCUUGAUAUACGGCGAGCCAGUCCAAGUGAAUUCGAAGGGCAUGGUCUGCAGUAUCGUACUGCUGUUUGCUAUGCUCAUCUUCGUCAUCCUUAGCAUCGCGUGCUUCAGGUGGAAAAUGAACAAGGGUCUCGGGUUCACGAUGUUCCUGCUAUAUUUCGUCUUCGUUGCGGUUAGCUUAGGUCUGGAGUAUGGAUAUUUGCAUUGUCCCAGCGAAUAA